GGGGCUCUGAGCCGGAGGUUUUGUUGUGAGGGUCGGUUGUCAAGCAGCGGCCAAUCAGGGCAGGGGAUGGAGGCAAGUGGGGGUCGCGCCUGGAGAGGAGCCUCGGCCUCCGGAGCCUCAGCUGCAGCCCAGGGUUGAGCUGAGAUGGCUCAAGCCUGACAUUCCACAAUCCAGGAUCCUGACGGGCACACACAGUCUGCUGCUGUGGCUGCUGUGAAUGAUUUAAAACCAGGAGGCAAUCCGGAGCUGAGAGUCGAGGCAUUCCCUCUGCCUGGAUGUGUGGGAACUCCUUGCCAACUUGACUGGCGGAUCCUGGGGGGGAUCCACCCCCACCCCUGGAGGAAAGCACAGUCUAUCUUGUGGGCAGAGCUUCAGGUGCAGCCGGUUGAAGGAUGGCCACCCCCGUGGUCACCAAGACAGCCUGGAAGUUGCAGGAGAUUGUUGCCCACGCCAGCAAUGUGUCCUCACUGGUACUGGGCAAAGCCUCCGGGCGGCUGCUGGCUACUGGUGGAGAUGACUGCCGUGUCAACUUAUGGUCCAUCAACAAACCCAACUGCAUCAUGAGCCUGACAGGUCACACGUCCCCAGUGGAGAGCGUCCGCCUCAACACCCCGGAGGAGCUCAUCGUGGCCGGCUCCCAGUCGGGCUCCAUCCGCGUCUGGGACCUAGAAGCUGCCAAAAUUCUUCGCACACUUAUGGGACACAAAGCCAACAUCUGCAGCCUGGAUUUCCACCCGUACGGCGAGUUCGUAGCCUCAGGUUCCCAGGACACGAACAUCAAGCUCUGGGACAUCAGGAGGAAAGGUUGUGUCUUCCGAUACAGGGGACACAGCCAGGCUGUGCGGUGUCUGCGGUUCAGCCCCGACGGGAAGUGGUUGGCAUCGGCCGCAGAUGACCACACAGUGAAGCUCUGGGAUCUGACUGCUGGCAAGAUGAUGUCCGAGUUUCCUGGUCACACGGGGCCUGUCAACGUGGUGGAGUUUCACCCCAAUGAGUACCUCCUCGCUUCUGGCAGCUCUGACAGGACCAUCCGGUUCUGGGAUCUGGAGAAGUUCCAGGUGGUGAGCUGCAUCGAAGGAGAGCCAGGGCCUGUCAGGAGCGUCCUCUUCAACCCCGACGGCUGCUGCCUGUACAGUGGCUGCCAGGACUCUCUGCGCGUCUAUGGCUGGGAGCCCGAGCGCUGUUUUGACGUGGUCCUGGUCAGCUGGGGCAAGGUGGCCGACCUGGCUGUCUGCAACGACCAGCUGAUAGGUGUGGCCUUCUCCCAGAGCAACGUCUCCUCUUAUGUGGUGGACCUGACGCGGGUCACCAGGACAGGCACCGUGGCCCAGGACCUUGUGCAGGACAGCCGGCCCCUGGCGCAACAGUCAGCCCACCCUAGUGCCCCGCUUCGGCGCAUCUAUGAGCGGCCCAGCACGGCCUGCAGCAAGCCGCAGAGGGUGAAGCAGAACUCGGAGAGCGAGCGCCGUAGCCCGAGCAGCGAGGAUGACCGGGACGAGCGGGAGUCUCGGGCCGAGAUCCAGAACGCCGAGGAGUACAACGAGAUCUUCCAGCCCAAGAACAGCAUCAGUCGGACACCACCCCGAAGAAGUGAGCCCUUCCCGGCACCCCCCGAGGACGACACGGCCACAGCCAAGGAGGCGGCAAAGCCCAGCCCACCCAUGGACUCGCAGUUCCCGGUGCCAAAUCUCGAGGUCCUGCCCCGGCCCCCGGUCGUCACUCCCACUCCUGCACCCAAGGCCGAGCCUGCCAUCAUCCCUGCCACCCGGAAUGAGCCCAUUGGGCUGAAGGCCUCUGACUUCCUGCCCGCCGUGAAGAUCCCCCAGCAGGCGGAGCUGGUCGACGAGGACGCCAUGUCGCAGAUCCGCAAAGGCCACGACACCAUGUGCGUGGUACUCACCAGCCGCCACAAGAACCUGGACACCGUGCGGGCCGUGUGGACCACGGGUGACAUCAAGACGUCGGUGGACUCAGCCGUGGCUAUCAAUGACCUGUCGGUGGUAGUGGACCUCCUCAACAUUGUCAACCAGAAAGCCUCCCUGUGGAAGCUGGACCUGUGCACCACGGUCUUGCCGCAGAUCGAGAAGCUUCUGCAGAGCAAGUACGAGAGCUAUGUCCAGACUGGCUGCACCUCCCUGAAGCUGAUCCUGCAGCGGUUUCUGCCCCUGAUCACUGACAUCCUGGCGGCCCCGCCAUCUGUGGGUGUGGACAUCAGCCGGGAGGAGAGGCUACACAAGUGCCGGCUCUGCUACAAGCAGCUGAAGAGCAUCAGUGCCCUCGUCAAGAGCAAGUCGGCUCUGAGUGGCCGCCACGGCAGUGCCUUCCGCGAGCUGCACCUACUCAUGGCCAGUUUGGACUGAGGAGCUCUUGGGUCUGGCCUCAGCCCCCACUCCUGUUCCCUGUGCACUCCUGGGCCCGUGAGCCUCUGCCUGGCCUCUGCUGCAGCCCUGCGGCCAUCCUGGAGGUGGUGGCGCUGGCCCACUGGCCACCUGCACAGCCCUGAGCUCUCAACUUCUCCCCAGCAGUGGCUGCCCAGCUUUGCCAACUCCCGCUUCUUGGGGCAGCAGAGAGCGCCCUGGGGCUGCUGCUGUAAUUUAUAAGGUGGAUUUUAUUAAAUUUGUAACUAUUCCCCGG